AUCAUGAACGCGGAAGAAUCGAAUAUUUUGGUAGCAAUUCGUUGUAGACCUCUUAAUUAAAAAGAAAUAGCGAACGAUGAUUUAGACAUAGUUAGAGUAGAGGAUAAUUUAAUUGUAUAGUAUAAUAUGGAUGACUAAUCCAGAUAAUUUUAGACCCAAUACAAAUGGAAUACGAAGCAGAGAAUAAGAAAAUGUUAGAAGUAUAUCAUAGAAGUAAAGAACAACGUUAUGCGUUUGAUAAAGUGUUUAGAGAAGAGAGUUAGGAUGAUGUAAGAUGUUGGUUGGUAUAGUUUAGAUCUUUGAAUAAACAUGUAAAUAAUUGAUAAAGCCUGUAAUGAAUGGUUAUAAUGCAACAGUAUUUGCAUAUGGUCCAACAGGAACAGGGAAGACUUAUACAAUGUUAGGAAAUUAAGAGACAAUGGGAAUAAGUGUACUUACAAUAAGAGAUAUGUUUGAAUUCAUAAAAAAGGAUUUGGAUAAUGAAUACAUAGUAAUGAUAAGUUAUGUAGAAAUAUAUAAUGAAGCUAUACGUGAUUUGCUAAUUUAAUAAUCCUAAUAUUUGGAAUUGAGAGAUGAUCCGAUAAAGGGAGUAACAAUAGCAGGAGUUACUGAGUAUAAAGCAAUAAGUGUUUAGUAGGUUAUGAACUUAUUGUUAUAAGGAAAUAGAAGAAGAACAACUGAGGCGACUAAUGCAAAUCUUACAUCUUCAAGAUCACAUGCAGUAUUUUAAAUUAAUGUUACUCAAAGAAGUAAAGUAAAAAACACUGAAAUGGAAUCUAUGAAUGGAAAAUUAAGUCUUAUUGAUUUAGCAGGUAGUGAAAGAGGAACUGUUACUGAAAAUAGAGGUUUAAGAUUAAGAGAAGGGGCUAAAAUUAAUAGAUCUUUAUUAGCACUUGCAAAUUGUAUUAAUGCAUUAGGAGAUAAAAGUAAAAAAGGAUUCUUUGUUCCUUAUAGAGAUAGUAAAUUAACUAGACUUUUAAAGGAUUCUUUAGGUGGUAAUUGUAGAACUGUUAUGAUUGCUAAUAUUUCACCAGCAUCAUCUUAAUUUGAAGAAACUAUUAAUACUUUAAAAUAUGCUAAUAGAGCUAAAAAUAUUAAAACUAAAUAAUUACCUAAUAAAAAAUUAGUUGCUAUGCAUAUUGCAGAAUAUAAAAAUAUUAUUAGUGAUCUUAGAUCAGAAAUUGAAUCCCUAAAAUCAAGAUUGAAUGAAAAAUAAAUUGAUGAUAAUGAAGAUGAAUCUAUUACUAUCAAUAAUUAUAUUAAUAAAAAUGGUAAACCUGAAAUUGAAGAAUUAAAAUCAAUAUAAGAAGAAAUCUUUGAAAAUUUUUAAGAAAGAAUUUAAUUAAGAAGAGCACUUAUGGAAAUUGAAGAAUAAAAUGCUAUGAAUUUUUUAGAAAUUAAAAAAAGAUAAAGUGAAAUUUUAUAAUGGAAAAAAUCUGGAGAAAAAGCUAUGCCAGAAGAUAUUAGAUAAGGAUUGAAAAGCAUUUAAACUUUAAAAACUAGUACUGAAAAGAAUAUGAUAAAAAAAGAAUUGAUGGGUUUAUAAUUAGUUGAAAAUAUUAAUAAUGCUAAAAAAAUUAGAGAAUCCAUACCGAAAAGAAUUCAAAGUAAAGAAAAAAGAGAUUAUUUGGAAUUAGAAAUUAAAAAUCAUGUUUUAGAAUUAUAAAAUGUUGAAUUAGAAAUCAAUUUAUAAAUUUAAGAAAAAACAAUUAAUGAUCUAAAAAUGAUUGUUGAAAAUUAAAAGAAACUCAUAAAUGAUACUUAAGAUGAUGAAAAAUAUUUUGAAGAAACAGAUAUUGAAUACAUAGAUGAUUUAUUAGAAGACCCAGAAUUUCAAUAAGAAUAAGAAGAUGAUGAUUUAGAAGAUUUGGCAGAAUUAGAUCAAUUCAAAGAAUUUAUAAAAAAAGAAGAAUUAAAAUAAAAUUCGCCUAAUUAAUUUAAACAAAGAGAUAAGAGUGCCCCUAGAAAAUAGUUUAAUAAAUAGGAAUUAUCUAUUUAAGAAGAUUAUGAUGAAAUUAGUUAAUCUUAAUCAAAACCUAAAGUUAGAGAUCAAUCUCGUAAUAAAAGAGAUGGAGGAGGAGGAUCUGCUAUUUAAAAUAAAGUACUACCUCCAAAAGAUAAAUAAUUAUAAUUUUAAUAACCAAUGAAACCUACUAAUACUAAACCUCCAAAAGAUAUUUCAGUGCUUAAUUUAUAAGGGGUAUAAUUUAAUAUUUAAAUAUAGCGCAAUCUAUCCAUUGCAAACUAAUAAUAAAGGGGUAAUUCUAAAGCCAAAAAAUGA